AUGAAGGAUUAUGGACCUAGCUGGAGAGAUCACCGUCGCUUUGCCCUGAUGUCCCUGAGAAACUUUGGUCUGGGAAAGCAGUCCAUGGAGGAGAGGAUUCUGGAGGAGAUAUCAUAUGCCACUGCAUUGCUGGACAAGAGAUGUUAUUACUUAUAUUCUUAAUAAACAUAAUCUAGAAUGAUUACCACCAUGCUUUCUUCCAGACCAUGAUCACAAUCAUGGCCAAUGGACCCUGGGGUAUGGUAUGAAUACGACUUCUGUGUUCUUCAUUAUGGAUUCAACAAAGGAUUUUGAUCCAAAGAAACAAGAAUACAUUCUAUGUAUUUUUAAACUAUGAAAUAAUUUACUCUGACUCCUCUUUUUAUCAAGCUACCUGUGAUUGAAGUUACUGAUACAAUAUUUUAUUAAUAAUAAUAGUGAUGAUUUGUCUAACUCUCUGCAGACAUAUGACACCAUGACACUGCUGAGGAGUCUGCUUUUGCCCUUCCAGAGACCUCUAAAGGACUACCACACAAUUCAACUCAUGUCUGAGAUCUUAGAGCAGCACAGAGCCACCCACGUCCCCAAUGAGCCAUGA